AUGAAAAUACUUAUCAUCAUCGGUAGUCAAUCAGAUUUAACAACAGUUAAUAAAACAAAAGAAAGAUUAAAUGAAUUUGGGAUAGAAGCCGAAGUGAGAAUUGCUUCAGCUCAUCGUACUCCAUAUAAAACAGAGAGUUUGGUGAAACAAGCGGAAGAACAGGGACACGAAUUGAUUAUUGCUGCUGCAGGUUUAGCAGCUCAUUUGCCUGGAGUUUGUGCUGCCCACACCACUCUUCCAGUGAUUGGCAUUCCUGUAGAAAAUGGUCCCCUAAAAGGUGUUGACUCUCUCUAUUCGAUUGUAAUGAUGCCUCCAGGGGUUCCUGUGGCUUGUAUGGGAAUUGGGAGUAGUGGUGCAGAUAAUGCAGCUAUUUUCGCAACCCAAAUCCUGUCUUUAAAAUAUCCUGAAUUGAAAGAAGCAUUAAAAAAGUUUAAGGUGCAGAUGUCUGAAAAGGUAGAGAAAGCGGAUCAAUCCUUGUCUUAA